UGUGACAUCACAAAAACAAUGGAAACAGCCAUCUUAAUUUCCACACACACGGCGUGAGGACAGUGGUGCGUUUCGACACUUUAACGGUGUUUAUACACCACACAAAACUCUUUGGGUAAAAAUGGUUCGCAAAAUGUAGUUUUUCCACGAUAUGGGCGCUUUAAUACGCGCUUCGCACUGAACGCGGCGCUUUCUUCACAGUCUUGAAACGCAGCGCUGGUUUAAACUCAGCGUCGGGGCUCUGUGGAAGAGUUAACCCUAGCAGGCUGAUCCCAGCGGUCUAACGGCCGACUAGGAGGGAAAUAGUUGCCCUCUCUGAGUGCAACAACUCCAGGGUUAACAGCAGCAGCAACUCUUCCCCACCCCGCCAACGUCACCAUCGCAGCCGUGGCGUCCCUCCGAAGCCAACAACAUGGAGUCCGGGCUGCUCUCUGCGAGCACGGCCGCUUAGCCGUCAGCGCCGCGCACACACUCGGCGCAGAGCCGGAGGAGCAGCGGUGCAGCACAGCGGGCGUGUUUACAUGAGACUUCGGGCCGAGUAGACCAAGCAGAGCCGCUGCUGCGUGCGACUGGACGCAGGACGCUCCGGAGAGGACUAAGGCAGCCAGGCAGGCCGUUUCGAAGAGGAGCUAUGUAGGUGAAGUGCAGCUGACCAGCGUGCCAGACUAAUGGAGCCUGGUGUAGGUCCUCCGUCCAGCAUGGAUCCCCUUGAUCCAUCAUCCAUCGGCGGGCCAUCAGCAUCCCCCUCUCUGCUCAACAACAGCUUGCUGGGGGGAUUGUCCGAAGGUGGUGGUCUGGAGAGCGGUCAUGGCGAAGUUGACUCUGGGCUUUCAAGAAGCCUACUCCCCAGAAUUGAACCCUAUGAGAACAGUCUGAGAAAAGCUCGAUCCUCAGCCUUCCCUUCAUCUCUAACAUGGGACUCGGACUCUGAGAAAGAAAUAUUUGAUGAAGAGGAGCUUCAGCACUUUUCUAAUCCACAUGGCCUAGCUGCUCACAGUCCAGGAAGUCCCACCUGUGGACAGGAACAAGAUAGAGUUGACCGUGGGGUUUACCAAGCAACUGAGGCAUCCAAGAGCUUAUUCUUUGAGAGGGAGCUGGCCAGUCCGCUGGAGAGGAGAGAUCAAGGUAGAGACGAAACAUAUGGAGAGCCAAGGAUUGCACAGUCCAGCACCGCGCAACUGGAAAAAGACAAAGCUGGAAGUGUGUCGGACCAGGCUGGGUCACUUUUCUCAGACACAAAACCAAAGGAGGGAUGCCAAAAAAAGGAAGAAGAGGUUAAGAAGUUUGAUCAGAGGAAGGAGGAGGUGAGGAAGGUUCCUGAACGGGAUGUAUACACCUUUCCAGGUGAUUCAGACCCAGAAAGUCCUCCACCAGGUCCCUGGGCACAUUGCACCUUUAUCCAGCGUAGGAGAAAGAAGAGGGCCUUAUUGAGACCUUUCUCUGGAUUGAACCCCUGGCAACGCACAACUGCGACAAGCAGGAAGACUAGAUUAACCCCAGCCAGGGCAAAGGGCCGUGCUAAGAUGGUUAACGAUGAAGCAGGGGUGUUUGAGUUUAAGGAGGAGGAAGAGGAGAAAGUUGAGGAGAGGGCGAGGCCUAAAGGACUCAAAGGGGAGCUUUGCCAGGACAUUUUCACUUGUGUGGAAUGUAGCAUUUACUUCAAAAGACGAACACAUCUGCGGGAACACAUGCGAGAGCAUGCCCCAGAUGGUGGGAGAAAGGGGCAGCGUGGCGAGGAGGGUGCAGGAAAGAGGCGGACCAAAAAGACUGGCUUUGAGUGUAUGGAGUGUGGUCAGGAGUUCUCUGACAGGCUAGUGCUGGUGGAUCACCACCGACGGCAUCAAGAAUCACGACGCAAGAUCUUGGAAGAGAUUGGAAAGCUAAAUGAUGAAGGAAAGGGGACAGUACUGCAAACCAGUCGCAGAAAGCCCAGGCAUCCAACAACUAAAGAACCUUCUGUCGUCUGUGGCCAGUUUGUUUGUCUCAAGUGCAACUACAGCUCUGAUGUGCCUCAAGAGCUUGCUGACCAUGCCAAGACACAUACCACUCGAGCGAAGGCUGGUGUCCCUCGAGCCUCGCCCCGUUCCCAGCAAAAGUCCCGUAAAAAAGGUCAGACACGACUUUCUGGGAAUGUAGCAUCAAGCCCUGCUACCACACUGCCCAAUGAGAGGUAUCCCACAAGAGCCUCUGUGCAAGCAAUGGAAAAAAACCCUGAAGUUGACCACCCUCAUCCCAAUGCCUGUGACCCACAGGCUGAGAACGAGGGUGACCCCUUUCCAGGAUCUAGCCAGGAUCACACUGUCUCUGCAACUCCAGCAGAAUCUGUAGAGCAGCCAGAGGUAGCAAGUGCUCAGACUGAUGCCCCUUCUCCUGUGGGUCAGUGCCUGCAGGAGGAAUCUGGGUCAACACAGGUGGGUCUAGCAAAGGAGGACUUCCAAAAGCCCCAAACUCCUGCACCAGUUCCUUCAAAUGCAAAGGCGCCACGACGCAGGGAUGUUGCAUUCAAGAGUACAGGGAAACGACGCUCAAAACGAGUUGUGAGGGAUUCAAUGGGGAGGACGCGAGGAAGUAGCCGACUAGAUCCUCAGCUUACCGACACUAACGAUGCUAAGAACCAGAACCAAAACACUGAGCAGACAACAGAGGAGGACCAAAAAGAAGCUGCACCACUACCAGAGCCAGAGGCUGAGCCAAAACUGGCCAUCAGAAUAGGAGAAGAGUCCUCUACUGUGUCCUCAGACUCUAAACCUUCCCCUCCACCAAAGACCAGUGAGGAGUCCAAAGAUCAGGGGAAUGAGGAGACCAUACUGGAAAACAGAGAGGAUAAGUGUGGUCAAGAUAUCACUGACGCAAACGAUGACGAUAAUGCUGGCGAUGAAGAUAAUGACGAUGACCUUGACGAAGUGGAAGAGCAGGCUGUUUUUAACCGCCUUCUUGAGGCCUUAACUGAAGAGGAGGAUGAGGAAGACGAAGAGGGUGUUUCGUUAAAGAGCGUGGGAAGGAAGUGCCCCUACUGCCCAGACCGUUUUGACAAUGGAAUCGGACUGGCCAAUCAUAUUAGGGGUCACCUCAAUAGAGUUGGAGUCAGUUACAAUGUCAGACACUUCAUAUCCCCAGAAGAGGUUAAUGCCAUUGAGAAGAAGUUCUCCUACCAAAAGAAGAAGAAGAAAGUUGCCAACUUUGAUCCAGCAACCUUCAGCGUGAUGCGCUGCGAGUUCUGCAGCGCUGGCUUUGACACCAGGGCAGGACUUUCCAGCCACGCCCGCGCCCAUCUCAGAGACUUUGGAAUUACCAACUGGGAGGUCACUGUUUCCCCCAUCAACGUCCUCCGGGAGCUCUUCUCCAAGCGUCCGGAUCUUGCUCUAUCCACCCCUCCUUCUUGUACCUCCGACGUGCAGAAACAGGACCCAGAUAAAGAGAAGGAGGAUCCUGUAUCAGGGCAGGACGAGGAGGGUGGAACUUCAGAAGCAGCACCGCAGGCACCCGAAUCUCCUGCUCCACCUUGGAAGGAGGAACAUAAUGACAGUGAACCCGAGGGUGGAGAGGAUAAAGAGGAUGUUGUAAAGAUGCCACUUCUGGACAACUUCAGCUCAAGCCCAGGCUCGACUAGCUCCUUCUUACAGCCAGAGAAUGUUGCUCCUGUAGAAGAGACAGAGUCCAAGAGCUCUAGUUUGCUGAAGUGUGAGGUCUGCAGUGCUCCCUUUGAGACGCGACGAGGCUUAUCCAGCCAUGCCCGCUCUCACCUGCGCCAGCUGGGUGUGGGCGUGUCUGAGAGCAGUGGAGCCCCCAUAGAUCUUCUCUACCAGAUUACCAAGGAACGGGCCACUGAUGCCCAGCCCCCCGUCACACCCCUCUCAUGCGCUCCGGCGCCAUCGCCCAAAAAAACUCCUCCAUCACCCGUCCCCACACCAAGCCCCAGGAGGGACGCAGAUUUUGAAGAGGAAUCGCAGGAUAUUAAGCCCCCUCUCCCACUGUCUGUCUUGGGUAGUGUAGUGAAAGUUCCCCCUUCUCCAACCAGCCCCUCUCCAUGCGGUUCUCUACCCUCCUCUCCGUUUGGAACGUCUCGCUCUCCGUCUCCGUCCCCUGUUCUGAGAAAAGCCCCCAUCUCUUCCCUGUUGCCUGUGUCUUCCCCACUGCGCUCCCAAGAGCAUAAGUCCAUGUGCAGGGUUCAGAGCGCUGCCCUGUCCACUCCGCCCAGACCGUUCUGGGCUCCACAGGACACAGACGCCCCUCUGAAUCUCACAAUGGAAGCGGACCCCAACAAAGACAUCAUAUGCAAGUUAUGUGGUGCAUGGUUUGAGACGCGCAAAGGAUUGUCGAGUCAUGCGCGUGCCCACCUCCGCCACUUCGGGGUGGAAUACUCUGAGUCCAAGGGUUCCCCCAUCGACCUCCUAAACAGACUCAUCCUCACUGACGACUUCAAACAUAGAGCGAAUUCCUUACUCUCUGACACCCCGGAGGACCUGAGGGUCCGAAGUUCUCGCGUGACUCCUCCCUCUCCGUCCACAUCAACAUCUUCAGCCUCUAAGAGGCCCCUCUUUCCCAGCUCUCUCCUCUUCAAAACUUCAGCACUGGGCAGUGAUAUCGGCCCUAAAGCUACCUCCUCCUCCUCUUCCUCGGCUACGCACUCCUUGUUAGCGCCGCCCACCAAGAAGCUGAAACCCUCCACACAGCACGUCUUCCGUUUGAAUAGCAGGGAGCUGAUGCCCAUUUCUCUUGCUGAACCGAUGAAAGAUGUGGGCUGUGAGUUCUGUGGUGAGCUUUUUGAGAACCGUAAGGGCCUCUCCAGCCACGCCCGCUCCCAUCUGCGCCAGCUGGGCAUCACAGAGUGGUCUGUGAACGGCUCACCCAUUGACACGCUCCGAGAGCUCAUAGCUCGUCGAGGUCUGCCUUGUGUUAUGCCCGUAAAACCCUUAAAAUCACCUUCUUCCUCACCAGGGCCAGGACCUCCUCGAACCUCCCUCCAAUCCUCUUCCUCACCAGGGGGUGUCCAUCGUCGCUUGACUUUCCCUUUUACUCACCAGUCCAGCCAGCACCAGCCCACUGCCCGCAAGCUUUCUGCAUCAGCUUCUGCCACCAGCUCCUCCUCCACAGUGGUAAUGGUUAAACCCAAGCCAGAACCUAAGCAGGUGGAAGUCACCAUGACUGAAGAAGAGGUAGAAGGACGUGAAGCGUAUGGCUCUGAGCCUCAGCAUUCCAGUUGGAGCAGCACAGACAAUGUGCAUCCUAUCAGCCUGGUCAUGCCUCAAGAGAGAGAACCCUCACGUGAUAUUCGCUGUGAGUUCUGCGGCGAGUUCUUUGAGAACCGCAAAGGUCUCUCCAGCCACGCCCGCUCCCACCUACGCCAUAUGGGCAUCACAGAGUGGUCUGUGAAUGGCUCGCCCAUCGACACGCUGUGGGAGAUCAUGCGGAAGCAAGGCACCAUGCCUGCAUCUGUUGUGCUGGGCGUGAAGGAGGAGCCAGGGCAGGACAGCAGCCCAUCUUGGAACAGUCAGGGUUAUCAAUCACCCAAAGUCUCUCGCAAGUCACCUCUUAACCUGCUCCACUCCGGCUCACGCCUCCAUAAGCAUGGAUUGGGGGCCACAGGGCUGUCCGCCACACCCCCUGCAGGGAAGUUUUUUGGUAUGGCGCCACUUGGGAAGAGGGUGCUGGCAUCUGACGGACAUCUUGGUGAAAGGUCACCACCAGCCCAGUCCAAAACCUUCUCACCUACACCACAGGAUUUCUCAUUUAAGGCCAAAGUGUCCACGGACAAGCAUGGGGUAGGCCACACGGAUGCCAGCUGUGAGCUGUGUGGUUUCUUCUUUGAGAACCGGAAAGCGCUGGCCAGUCACGCUCGCGCCCAUUUGCGGCAGUUUGGUGUGACGGAGUGGUGCGUGAAUGGUUCACCUAUAGAGACGCUGAGUGCCUGGAUGCGCAGUCGCCCACAAACAGUAGCUGAGAUACAUCGCAGCUACCUCCAGGGUGGGCGCAGUGCCCAAAAGAAGAGGAGCAGUUCUUCUGUUUCGCCAUCAUCUGAUUCUGACCCCGUGUCCCAUGUAUCUCAGAAGCCUUCAGCAGGCCAGUGGGCAUCCUUGACAUUGUCCCAUGGGAGGACAGUCAGACGGGAUGCUAUGAAGACCUCCUGGAGAUCAUCUUCACAGGCAGUUGAUGUAAAAAAUGGAUUGGGUGCCUCCUCUCGGCAUGUAGUCAGUACACAGGGUGAGGGACAUCAGUCCAACAGUACUCUUCCACGCGCCCAAGUGGCACGGAGUGAACUAAACGUCCGUGUGCCACGGGGCAUUGAGCGACGGCCACUGAAACACCCAUCACAUGCUGAUGGAGGGGAGAGAGAGAGCUGUCCCCCAAAACCACCUCGCACUAGUACUGUACCUGCCCUUGUCCCAAAGCCUCCAUCCACCCCACUUGUCAAACUUGUGGGAAAAAUCUACUCCCUUAAAUGCCGGUUCUGUGAUGUGGAGUUCCAUGGCCCUCUCUCAGUGCAGGAGGACUGGAUCAGGCAUCUGCAGCAACACAUUCUGAAUCUCAACUACAACAAACCAGUUCCUACUGCAAACAGCACUCCUGCCAAAUCUGACACAGCUGCUCCUCGAACCCAAGCCUCAGCUACUACCUCCGCCGCUUCUACUACUUCCACAGCUCUGACUACCACCUCGACCAUCACGCUGAACCCCACACUUGUACCCACGCCUGCCUCUACUCUGACACCCGCACCCACUCCAACCCCAACCUCAACAGCUCCCCCAGUGGCCAGCCUUGGAACUCCAGCCACAGCAGAGCCAGUUCUUACUCCUGCCACAUAAUACAUGCCCUGCUGCCUCAUGUUUUUGCCUUCCUUAUCUAUGAUUCUCCCUCCCUUAGACUGUUACAGACCCAUCUUUGAAAAUGUUUCUCUGUCAUUAUGAAACAGAGCUUUCAGAAAAGCUUUGCCAACCACCCACUCACCCUGACCCACUUAGCAUGCAGCAGUAAAGGUAGAGUGAGGCUUGAGAUAGGCCAGUUGCCAUGACAAUUUAGGCUUUACUGGCCAACAAAAUAUCAAGCCAUCAGUCAAGUGCAGGGUCUCAAAAUCCUCCAUGCUUAACCUGAUGCUUUAGUUUUUCAGUGGUAUUAUUUGUGUAAUCAGACACUGACGGUUCAGAAGUGCUUAUGGAGAUGAAGUAUAUGUGGUAACUAACUUCUGUAAACUUGCUGACUUCGCCCUGUGAUUGGAUUUUGUUGUAGCUCAGUGGGCACUUUAAGAAUGUAUGGAUUGAAUUCUCCAUACCUUGUAAUACGUUUUUUUAGGUCUGAUCAAACUAGUUAAAACUAUCAUGUAGGUAAGAGUACCUAGAAGCAAUCUAAGGCACAAUUAUGAAAACGUGUUACUGUGUUCAUCCAAAAUUGUUGUAGCACUUUUCUUGAACAGCUUUGUUCUGAAGCACUUAAACACUAGGCCAAGCCUUUUUACCCUAGAUGGAUGUGGCAAUCAGACACGCAUUCGAUGGUUAACACAGUCGUGCCAUAAUGAAGCAUGAACUGACACUGCCGACACACCAUCGUUUAAAAUUUUAGCAUCUCUUUGCACCUUACUGGGUCUCAAUUAAGAGUGAGACACAAUUUAGGUCACUUUUUUUUUAUAAAAACAGGCCUUUAAUAAGCCUAGUUCCCAGAGUGAACAUUUUUCUGCCGGAGUUUUGUCAUUUAUUUUUUUUAAUUCAUUUUUAUUUCAUUUUUAAAAAAAAUUCUUUUCUUUAGAAUUCUGAUUUCCCUGGAAAUGGUUUUUCCUUCAAUUAAUGAAUUCAUUUUCGGCCCAGUAAAGGCUCAGAUAAGCUAUUAAACAUUGACUGGCCUUUUCAGAAGUUCUGACUACUGUUUGUUUUCUGGGUUCUUGAAGCUCGUGACUUUUUACAUGUUGGUACUGCAGAAGGUACCUGCAUAAGCUAGAACUUCUGUUAACUCCUAGAAUUCUGUUAAGUCUCUAAGAAACCUAGAUUUCCGUUUGCACACUAGCUUGCUGUUGCUGAAGCAGUCCCAAAUGUUGAGGCAGCUUAUAGGGAAUCGCCACUUCCAUUUGCUUAAAACGGUUUGUUUUUUCAAGAAAUUGCCUUGGUUUCAUUGAAUGGGAACUGGGCCUAAAAAUGUUGGGCUCUUAAAUACUAGGUUUUAUUGGGAUGCAGUUAAACUGUCUUAUUUAUUUCCUGCCUUGACUAAAACCCAAACCUCUGUGCUAAUUUAUUGCACUUUUGAAUGUCAUAAAUUUGAACUGGUUUGGCUACAGGACAAGAAUUUGAAUGUCUUGCAAGAGGGCAAUGAGUUGAUGCACUUUUAUCAGAGGUUGGAUAGGGAAGCAUAUGGAAGUAUGAAUGCGUGUGUGAGUGUGCGUAUGCAUGCACUUACAAGGUCAGUAAUUCAUAAUUAUGGUUGCCUGUAAAUGCCCUCACCAUGUAGUGGUAAACUCUGACCCUGUCUACUUUUAGCGUUGUUUUCUAUAGCAUACUAGUGUCCAUGCCAAGAACUUGGCUGCAUCGCAUCCAUCCGCCUGUGGUAGAAUGUGCCAAAGAGUCAGUCUGCCUUCCAGACAUUUGACAUGAGGCAAUCUCAUUGGCUACAGCUAUCAAUCGCAAGCUCCUGAUUGGAUGAAGGCAACGUUUCCUUCAUUUGGUCGUUCCAAGUUGAUGAAACUGUGGACCCUGAUGACCAGUAGAGAAGCUGCCUUGAACUUGUCUGGAUUGUAUUUCCACCUUAGAUGAACUGCAUGACUGCAUAUACCAGACAAAAGCACUACAAGUUUAUGUGCUGAAUCUUAAUAUAUGAACGUUGACAGCCAUUGGUUGGUCCAAGAAGCGUCUACCCAUCCAUCCUGCUACUAUGAAGGACUAUUAGAACUAUGUAGCUUCACAUGGCUUUAGUUGGAAAUCCAUGUCAACGUGAAGCAAUAACAGUAUGGUCCAUAUGACACAAGCUCUGGGGGUUUGUUUCAACAUUCACUACAUUUCUCUGACUGUUAAAUCUUGCAGUAUUCAUGUGGAGAAUAUAGGCCUAUAUAUAUUAUGUAAUUAACAGUAGAAGAAAGAAAAUAAUUACAAGUAUCAACAGUUUGAAAUGUGAUCCUGAUCCAUUUAUCGUGAACUUAUUGCAACUUUUUAAUGCUGUGUAUUUUUUAUUGCUAUUUGUGUUUCUGUACUUGCAGUCAAAGAUAGGUGAAAUAGAGUAAGUGUUAUUUUUUAUGUUAGAUUCUCUAGAUAAACUACAUUGGUGCUCAUGCGGUCGAAUGGAUAUGAAUGGGUUUUUAAAGGAGUUGUUUCAUGCUAGAUCUUGCAAUUACUGUCCUGACACGAAAGGACUUUAAAAAGGGGGCCUGUGAUGCUCUUUAUGAUGAAAUGGUUACUGGUUGGUGGCAAGCAGAUUCCGUACAGUGUGUUACAGUUCCCUUUUGAGACUUCUUCAGCUGGUUUGACUGGCUGCAGGGUGUGUGAGUGUUUGUGUGUAUGACUAGUGUAAGAGAGAGAGAGUGAGAGAGGCCGAGAACGCUAAGCUGCCAUGGACGAGUUGUACCGAGUUAGAAAGAUUCGUGUGAAUCAACAAAUCAUUAAAUGUGAUCUGAAACGUACAGUAGAGUCACAUUGUUUCUGCUUUUUGUUAAAUAUACAACGUCCUCCUUAAAUGUUGGGACAGCAAAGUCAGAACUGUUACUUCUGCUGUAUACUCCAGCUCUUUGAAUUAAAGGCGAGAACAAUGAAUAUGAGACAAAA